GCUCAAAACCCAUCAUCCAACUAAUAAAGCGGACGAUAAACAAGCACAUUAAAUACCGAGGAAAGCGAAGCCGAGCUAUUAACGCUAGUCUGGGUCCCGAUUGCUGAUUGGAAAAACAUUGGCAACAUUUCUGAUUAGGAGCAACAAAACCACACAACAAAAUGCCGCCAAAUGCAAAAUCGGAAGCGGACGCCAAACCGGAAGCGGAUCCAGCGCCAGCGCCCGAGCCGGCUUCGGAACUGGAAUCCGUGGACCAGAAGCUGCAAGAAACACAUCACUCCAAGUUCCGUGAGGUGGACAGGCAGGAACAGGAACUCAUUGCCGAAAAGGCGGCGGAAGCGCCCAGUCAAAGAAUCGCACAGGUGGAAUCAACAACACGUAGUGCAACAACAGAGGCUCAGGAAUCCACUACCACCUCAUUGCCGGUGAUCAAAAAGAUCGAGCAUGUCGGCGAAGUGGUCACCGAGGUGAUCGCCGAGCGCACGGGCCUGCCCACAUGGGGCGUGGUGGCCAUCAUCAUUCUCGUGUUCCUCGUCGUCUUUGGUAUAAUCUUCUUCUGUGUGCGGAGAUUCUUGAAGAAGCGAAGAACCAAAGAUGGUAAGGGUAAGAAGGGUGUCGACAUGAAGUCGGUACAGUUGUUGGGAUCGGCGUACAAGGAGAAAGUUCAGCCUGAUAUGGAGGAACUCACCGAAAAUGCCGAAGAGGGUGACGAGGAGGACAAGCAGAGCGAACAGAAGCUGGGGCGUCUCAACUUCAAGCUGGAAUACGAUUUCAACUCCAACAGUUUGGCCGUGACGGUAAUCCAAGCUGAGGAGCUGCCCGCCCUGGACAUGGGCGGUACCUCGGAUCCCUAUGUCAAGGUGUACUUGCUGCCCGACAAGAAGAAAAAGUUCGAGACCAAAGUGCACCGCAAGACCCUCAGUCCAGUCUUCAACGAAACGUUCACAUUUAAGAGUUUGCCCUAUGCCGAUGCCAUGAACAAGACGCUCGUGUUUGCCAUUUUCGACUUCGAUCGCUUCUCGAAGCACGACCAGAUUGGAGAGGUGAAGGUGCCGCUGUGCACCAUUGACUUGGCGCAGACGAUCGAGGAGUGGCGCGAUUUGGUCAGCGUUGAAGGGGAGGGCGGACAGGAAAAGCUGGGAGACAUCUGCUUCUCGCUGCGAUAUGUGCCGACUGCCGGAAAGCUAACCGUUGUCAUUCUGGAGGCCAAGAACUUGAAGAAGAUGGACGUGGGCGGAUUGUCUGAUCCAUAUGUGAAAAUUGCAAUCAUGCAAAAUGGCAAACGUUUGAAAAAGAAGAAGACAAGUAUCAAAAAAUGCACCCUCAACCCUUACUAUAAUGAGUCGUUCUCAUUUGAAGUACCAUUUGAACAAAUACAAAAAAUCUGUCUCGUUGUGACCGUCGUGGAUUAUGAUCGCAUUGGAACCUCCGAACCCAUCGGCCGCUGCAUAUUGGGCUGUAUGGGAACCGGAACCGAGUUGCGUCACUGGUCCGAUAUGUUGGCCUCGCCCCGCCGGCCCAUCGCCCAGUGGCAUACCCUCAAGGAUCCCGAGGAGACCGACGAGAUCCUGAAGAACAUGAAGUAAGGCGCUACCAUGGAUAACCAAUGCAGACUUACAGCACAUCUAUCAAACGUAUAAAAGUAACCAAAGAACACUUAAGCGAACCGUCAGACAUAGAAAUCGAAUGCAUCAUCAUCAGCUACCAAUGAAUCCUCCUCACCCGAAACGACAAGCAACAAUCAGCGAAAUAUCGUAGUUAAUGCAAAAAUUGUUCAUCUAUGCAGUUAUCUCAACAUAAACAUACUGGAACACACAAAACGCCGAUUAAGUAAUACCAUAGGUGUCUAAGUUAUAUCUCAUUGGUUGAACAACAAAUCGUGAAAGUGAAAGUGAAAGCUAUAAAAUCCUAUAUAGAAAGCGAUGUGUCCCCUUUCACUGAGGCCGGUACAACAGAAAUUAGUUCGAUCGAUUUUACAUAUAGUCACACAAGAAUUCAUCUCGAGAUCUGUGAAUUUGUUGUUGUCCCUGAUUGAAAAUUUUCAAAAGUAUAAAAUUACGAGUAUGUUCUAUUUAAUACAAAAUCUCUAUAUACUCAAACUAUUUAACGGAUGACCGAGAAGAGUAUAAUUUUUAAAUGUUAAGUUUACUUUGGUUUUUAAAUUAGUCCAAUGUUUAAAGGGAUCUUUCCGAUUUUAAAUUGGUUUUUCAAUCGUUGAAGGAUUACUAGUGGAUAAUAUUACUGACUAAUGAAAAUAUAAACCAAGCAGAGAACGUAAAGGCAACUUAAACUGUUAUGUAAAUUAUUUAUUAUGUUAAAAUUAUUGAGCAUUACGUACUUAACUGUGUAAGUAAAAAUCUAUGUGUGUUUAAAUGAAAUGGACAUGGCAGACAUAUUAACAGGAGGAAAGAAGGCGAAAUCAUAAAAAAUAUAUAUUAUAUAUAAAUAUUAUGUAUAACCCCUGCAUAGACUAAUGUUAUGACGACCUAACAAAAUCAGACGAAUAAGUAGAAGGAAAAACAAAACAACCAGAAAACCAAAAGCAAAUAACAAAAGUUAAACUUUGAAGCGUGAUUUCAACGGAAUAUAUCAUCAGUUUAAACUUUAAAAAAAAUAUCGAACAUUUUGCACAAUGGAUUAGAUUGGUGUAUAUUAUUGAUUUGGUUAACUUGUCAAUAAUUUAGGAAAAAAUGGCUCAGUUCAGGAAAGGUUUCCACUUACAAAUUUACGUUCGAUUUUAAACUGUAUCUUUAGUUUCCACAUCUUCUUCUUUAGUUUCCACUUCUUCAAAUCUUAAGGUUUCUACAACUAUCUAUGAAGCGUUAUUUUGUUUUCCGUCUUUACCACAUUCCUUAAUUUAGAAAUCAUAUUAGGACCUAAUGAAAAUAUACAUACUAACAAAAUGAUUAUGGCAAAAUGUUAAAACAGAAAAAGAAAUAUUAAGAACAAUAAUAGUUAUUACUAUUUAUAUUAUAUUCAAGUAUAUGACAUCUAAACAAUAUACAUUUAUAUAUACUUAAAAUGAAAACAUUGUGCUCUUGCUGCACAAGCCUACUAAGAAUUUGGGAUUUUUAAUAUGGAAAAGCGGCGGCAACAAAAACUUCUACCUACCUAAAAAAAAACACAAAUUAGCUAACUAAGCUAAAUUAAACUCUCAAGGGCAGAGCAUUCCAAAAUAAUGAAAUCAAGACAGAGGAAAAACAAAGAGCCAUGGUUUUCUGAUUUUUUCCAUAUUGAAAGUAAAUGAAAUUCAACUAAUACAUUAGAUGUUUUUUGUCCUGUAAAUGGUAUAUUAUAAUGAUAAUGAUAAUGCGUAGUUAGGGAUCUGUGUAUCCCCUGUACACACACUUACACAGUUGUAGUUAUGUUCACCGAAGCAAGAGAAAUGCAUAAAUGAAAAAACAGAAAAAUGCAAACUUACAAAUCGAGAAAAUACUAAAAAUAUUUAUGUAAAAUAAUUCAUCUAAAUUUAACAAAUCGAAGUGGACGCCAGGAAAAACAAGUUAUACUACUUAUUACGAGUAUUGUUCAAUAAAAAAAUAAAUAACUUUGCUUUUCCAAAUAAUUACUGUAAAUUAUCUCAAACCCAAAAACAGCAACAAAAGACAAAGACACAAAAAACACAUAUGUAUUAAACAAAUGGUAAAUUACUUACAAAAAAAAUCGAAGCCUAACCACAACAGCAACAAAAUGAAACAAACAAGACAACAAACUAUAUAUACUUGCAUAUUAAACAAAUUAUAUGAAAUUAUAUAAAAUGAUGUUGAUUAUUGAUUUAAAUUAAAGCUGAGAAAGUGAAUAAAACAAAUUAUAUAUACACCUAUAUAUAUAAAAUAUUAAACAAAACAAAGCAAAAA